AUGUGUGAAAUAGUACUUGUGAAGAAAACUUUAACAGAAGGUGUUCAUGCUGUUAAACAAGAAAGCCAAUUAGAUUAUGAAAAUAGUUUUUUGGAGAACCAACUUGAUAGACCACAAAUAUCUAUCAUUGCUCUUAUAAAGGAUAUCAAUCCAAAUGACAUAGUUGAGCAAGAUAAAGAAUUAGGUUUACAACAAAGCAUUAACAUUUCAAUGACCUUCCAACAAAAGGCUACAGAUAUUAUUAUUCCAGACCUUCAUAUUAUUGAACAAAUUCGAAAUACUAAUGUAAAUAAUACAAAAGGUCAACAAAUAGCUAACAAAAAGGUCAGAUAUGCCAAUGGAUUCAGAAAAAUGAAGAAGGCUCUCAAUACUGCUUUGAAUCUCAGUUGUGAACAGGAAUUGAUUGAUAUGGUUACUUAUUUUGUUGAACAAAAAAAGUUUGAACUUGAGAAUAUUAACAAUGAAGAUACUCAUUCUGGUCAACCUGAAAAGAUGGUUGUUAUGCAUCUUCUAGUUAUAAAGCAUCAUAGAUGA